AUGCGAAGAGGUAAUGUAAGACACAGCAUCUUCCAGGAGAUGAAUAUCCAUAGGAUUGCCAACUGUCGAAACGUCGAUUUCACCAAUGAUACGGAUGAUAACGUCACCUUGGCGACGAUCAUUGAGAACGCCAGUUUCUCAGUGAAAAAAUUGAUCAUUGGAUCAUCCUAUUUGUAUUCAAGAUCGCAAACACCGCCUGAAGAUCUCGGAAUGAACCUUGUCAACUUCCUCAAGUCUUUCUUGCAGCUGGACCUCAGGUUCACUUCCACUUUUCGAGAAUUGGUCCGCCUACAACAUCUGACUUUAAGAAUGGGUUGUUAUCCCUCGAGUGUCCGCGACCUAUCUGAUCUAGACUUGAAAAUUGAGGCUUGGGAAAACCCCUUUAGCUUCCAAAAGCUCAAAUCUCUUCGUAUUGAUCUAUUCCUCUGGCACGAUAACACCCUCGUCGACCAGCCAAUGCUCACCAAUCAGCAAUCUAUCGACAUCAUGGCUAAUGCAAUGCUAAAGAUUGGGGGGUUCGGCUGCAAGUACGAGCUAUCUUGGGAUUCGCCUUACUUUGGAACCCCGACUGAAGGGUUGGCAGAGCUCAAGUCAUUCUGCAGAGAAGUUGGAGAUGAAAUCAAAAGGAUGAUCAACGAUAGAAAGUUGGAAUUGGGCAAACAGCAACCGGAAGCCUCGGUUGGCUGGAAACUCGUUUCGCCAGAGGAAUGGAUUUAG